AUGAUACCGAUUCAUUCGCUCCCCAGCGCCGCCGACGGCGAGGCUGAUGACCCGUCCAGUUACGACGACGACGUCUCGUCCGCCGCCUCGGGCUUCUCCCAUCUGCCCCCUGAGCUUCGUCUCAAGAUAUGGUCCUGUUCAGUGGAGCCGCGUAUCGUCAUUCUCGACGAUCUUGUCCACAAGCCAAAAUCGUAUCCUAUCCCUGUUGUCACUCGCCUAAACGCGGAAGCUCGCAUUGAGACUAGAGAAGGCUACGAGCCCGUAGGCCGCGGAUCUCACAUUCACUUCGCCAGAGACAUACUGGUCUGUGAUCCCAACAUCUCUGAUCAAAGCUCAAACACGCCCCUAGAGGAGCUGGCCCCGCUUGUCGAGAGGCUUGCCUUUUGGGAUUGCUUCCCUGACGAUGGGCGCAUCGAGGGGCUGAACCACUACUCUGCCUAUCUGGAAAGGUGGUAUCCUCAGGAGCGGCCUGGAAAGGUCGAGUUUGACAAGUUUUGGUUCCCAAACCUCAAGGACCUGUGGAUUGUCAAGAUUGGCGAGGUAGACAGGUCUUGGAUGGUUGGCGUGGACCAAAACCUACCAUACGAUGUGCGUCUAAGAAAGACGGCCAGGCAAUUUCGUUACUGGAUAGAUGAAAAUAUUGUUGAGAUUGCGCCAUUGGAUCUUGAUGAGCCAGAAACCAAGGCGGUUUUGCGGCAAGGACGAUGCGGAAAGGAGGAUUGCCAAGCGCUGAACCACGGCCGGUCUAAAAUGGUUUCCAAGGUUAUCUUCAUGGAUGGCAAGUAUCGCGUCAUGGAAGGCUCCGAAGGCUGGCAGCGUAUCAUGCCAUGGUCUACCAAGGCGCAGGCCACCGAGAAGGAUACCUCAGAAAACAGAAUGAGAUGGAUCAUUGUGGAGAGGAUAUUAACCUUUUCCCUAAGAUGGGAAGGCUCUGACGAUGAGGUAGCGACUUCAGCUCGACGAAAAGCGCCAGAGAUGCCAGCACGACGGAUGAUAUAUGAGACGAGAUAA